UUCUAAAAUGGCGAACCGUACGGUAAAAGAUGCGCACAGCAUCCACGGCACCAACCCUCAGUAUCUGGUGGAGAAAAUCAUUCGGACGCGAAUUUACGAGUCCAAAUACUGGAAAGAGGAGUGCUUUGGACUUACAGCUGAACUUGUAGUUGAUAAAGCCAUGGAGUUAAGAUUUGUGGGUGGUGUCUACGGUGGUAACAUAAAGCCCACUCCUUUUUUGUGUUUAACCUUGAAGAUGCUUCAGAUUCAACCUGAGAAGGAUAUCAUUGUAGAGUUUAUUAAAAAAAAAAAAAAAAAUUUCAAGUAUGUCCGCAUGCUGGGAGCACUUUACAUGAGGUUGACAGGUACUGCAAUUGAUUGCUACAAGUACUUGGAGCCUCUGUACAAUGACUAUCGAAAAAUCAAGAGCCAGAACCGAAAUGGAGAGUUUGAGCUGAUGCAUGUAGAUGAAUUUAUUGAUGAACUACUGCACAGUGAGAGAGUCUGUGAUAUUAUUCUGCCCCGGCUACAGAAACGCUAUGUGCUGGAGGAAGCCGAGCAGCUGGAGCCGCGGGUUAGCGCUCUGGAGGAAGACAUGGACGACGUGGAGUCCAGUGAAGAGGAGGAAGAGGAGGAUGAGAAGUUGGAAAGAGUGCCAUCACCUGAUCAUCGCCGGAGAAGCUACCGAGACUUGGACAAACCCCGUCGCUCUCCCACGCUACGCUAUCGGAGG